UCCGCCUCCACUUCCUCUGCAAACCCGCGGCGCCGCCGUCGUCGUCGUCUCCCUUCGUCCCCGCCUCCGGCGCCGCGUCCGUCACCAUGAUCAUCUCCAAGAAGAACCGCCGCGAGAUCUGCAAGUACCUCUUCCAGGAGGGAGUGCUAUACGCCAAGAAGGACUACAACCUGGCCAAGCACCCGCAGGUGGACGCCUCCAACCUCGAGGUCAUCAAGCUCAUGCAGAGCUUCAAGUCCAAGGAGUACGUCAGGGAGACCUUCUCGUGGCAGCACUACUACUGGUACCUCACCAAUGAUGGUAUCGAGUUCCUGCGCACCUUCCUCAACCUGCCAUCUGAGAUCGUGCCCAACACCCUCAAGAAGUCUGCCAAGCCCCCGUCCCGCCCAUUCGGCUCAGGACCACCUGGUGACCGCCCCAGGGGCCCACCUCGCUUUGAGGGUGACAGACCCAGGUUUGGCGACAGGGAUGGUUACAGAGCAGGCCCGCGUGGUGCUCCAGGGGAUUUUGCUGGUGAGAAGGGUGGUGCCCCUGCUGAGUUCCAGCCGUCAUUCAGGAGUGGUGGUGGCAGCAGGCCCGCCUUUGGCCGUGGUGGUGGUGGUGCAUUCGGUGCCGGGGGAGCUUCCAUGGAGUGAAGAAGCAACACCUAUGCCGGUGGCAGCACCCUGUAGCUUUUCGGAUACAAUUGCACACGGGGUGUUGUCUCUGUUGAUCUUUGAAUUCUGUGAACAAUGCGAUUUUGUUUAUCGAAUUGUAGCCGAGGUUGUUAAGACAUGGUUUAUGGGUUUGUUUAUGUUAGCCGGAGCUCUUUGAAAUUAAGACAGCUGUUGGUAGACGUGAAUCUAGAAAUGGUCUACUUAUUGUCUAAUCAUAUUUUACCUUCUGUUC